AUGUCAGAGCGUUCCAGUGUCUACUCUGAAAUGCCAUUGCAAAAGUUGACCGUCACCAACCCAGAUAUCCAUAGAGAGUCUCCUCGUGACGGAAGUCCCCACAGUGGCUCCAGUGUCCAUAGCUCUUCUCCUCUGCUUCCACGGUCUUCUGGAAGCGAAACAUGGAACAAGAGAGUUUCCAAUAUGUCCAACGUUCCGGGCAACAGAUCGUCUGUUUUCUCGGAGUACUCGGGUGUUGUUCAGCACGUUGAUAUCGACACCGUCAAGUUUGUGGUUGACCAGGACUCGGACUCUGUCAGUGUUCCUUCAGACAGACUGUCCGAGGUCAAGAAAGUCAAGAGCGUCAAGCUCCAGCAUUCUUCUGGUGCAAAAGAUCUCACUGAUUAUCUAAGAGAUACAUCCCCAGUGAUGGAAGAAAGCGACAAAGAGAGCAUCAAAGUGGCACGCACUGUUCCAGCCUCGCAUCCAUCAAAGCCUCUUAGCAGCAAAGCUGUUAGAGCCCCAGACAUGGAGCAGUACACGGAACUUAAUUUCACAAUCCCAGCAAGAUCGCCAAGACGUCCUAAUUCCGGAAAUUUUAGACCGCUCGAUACCUUUGAAAGACCUCCACAACGUCCAUCUGUGGACUCGAGCAACUCAUCUGACAGAUCCAGCGGCCGUGCCAGUGGAAAAUUCGAUGAUAUUAUGAAAGAAUUCGAGGAUUUGCGGUCCAAGAUCGAGGCAGAGGCAGACAGUGAAUCUUCUGUCCACGAGGAAAGGGCUCCAAGAGCCCUCAAACAAUCGCCAGCUAUGCAUAAAUACUCGCCAUCUGCAGCCACGAGCAUUAGAACUGGUGCAGAGUCUUUCCAUACUGCAAGAUCGAUCCAUGACGGCCAGGAAGACGAAAUGCAUCCUCUCACGAAACAAAAUUCGGGCUCCACUCUCUCGGAAGACUCUAUUUUCGACAUGAACACACAGAAUGUGAAACUGGUGGUUGCCGAGGACGGGCCUGAGGACGAGUACGAGGAUGUUGAGGAGCCUGAUGAGGUCCCUGAGCCAGUGAAAGACUCUUCCAAGAAGAAGCGCGCAAAGAAAACCAAAUCCAAGAUCAAGCCAUUCUCUUACGACACUCUCGCACGCCUGUUGAAUGCCACGGACGGCAUCGUGAUUGGGCAGGAAUUCGCAAACUUGGAUAUUCCAGCCGAUGAAAAGUAUCUCAUAGAACAAAUCGUGGAUUCGAUCUCGAGACUAACGGCCAACAUGAUGCUCAAUCCAAACAGAUAUAAACAAGGAUGUGAUCGUUUGGAGCGGGUGUUGAGCGCAUUGGAGGGUUUUGAUUAA